CUAUCUGUUACUUGUGGAAAGACUCUCGUAUGGUUCAUAAUCAAGGUUGACCAUAACCAGUGAAGUAUGUUUUAUGUUAAACUAAGUUGUAUCGUCGUCGUCCACGAGCCAGCAGCAGCAGUCCGGCGGAUGUGGUCCGCGGGGGACGUGGAGGAGCAAUGUGAGCUGGAAUGCGCAUCUUGAUGGGGCUUGGCAUGAUGUUAUUUCCUGGAACUCAAUCCUCUCAGCAAGUGCCCAAAGCGGGCAUCUGGAACAUACCAAGCUUCUGUUUGAUACAAUGCCUGUGCAGGGCUUGGUUGCAGUAACCACCAUACUAACAGGUUACGGGCGAAGUGGUCGUGUUACACACUCCAAGAAAAUCCUUGAUCAAAGCCCAGAUAAAGAUCCGAUUGCCUGGGACGCCAUGAUUUCGGCUUAUGCGCAUAAUGGGCGUUUUCAAACGCGCUGGAUGUGUAUGGUGCGAUCAAGGUUGAAGAGGAGAGACCGGGCUCCACGUUGGUUCUUCUCGUGUGUGGACGCACUGGAUAAGUUUGGGAUGGCUUGCGUUGCUUCGCAUGGGAUCGUUGCAAACAAGCUCCAUGGACUGGCGAUUGUUUGCUGGGUGCAUCGACGAGCUAUAGCAAUUUGGAACAUGGUGCUCACGCAGCUAAGACUCUCUUGGGUGGUGCCGCCCAUGACCUCCUUGCGAACAUGUAUGCGAUGAACGAUGGAGCAACCAGGAAAGUAUGGUCUUUUCGAAGAGGAGGACAAGGUUGGCUGAGAGUUUGCGAUGAGGCGAUGGUUGCUCUAGCUCUAAGAACUGGAUUGCCCUGCUGCUCGACGAUUCGAGGGCGAGAUAUCGCUCCAACUUGCUGAUUCACAGGUAUGGGAAGCCUGGAAACUUGGAGCUUGCGUGCAAGGCUUUUGGGGCCAUCAAGCAUCCCAAUGUUUUCUCGUGGAAGCUUUUCAUCGCGGCGUGCGUUUUACCGGACGCAAGAGAGGUGUUUGGAACACAAUCCUGCGUGGGCAUUUCCAGCUCGCUAACCCUCGCGAAGCUAUGGCAGUGAUGCCGGAGGAGAGGGGCGUCGUUUCGUGGACUACUGUCCUCUUAGCAAAUGCCCAAGCAGGGCAUUUUGACGUUUCAAUUGCCUUGUUUAAUGUGAUGCCCGUACGUAGCGUGGCCAGCUGGAAUACUCUUUUACAAGCGUACACAUUGUUCAAAAAGCUGGCAGAGACUCGCGAUUUGUUUUUCUGCAUGCCAUUACGGAGAUGUUUCAGCGUGGAACACAAUGAUAGCUGGAAAUGCUGUAGCGGGGCAUUGUGCCGGGGCUCAAAUAAAUCCAUGCCAGAGAUGGACGUGGUUUCUUUAACGUCAAUGAUGAAAGCAUUUGGCGAGGCUGGGGGCUUGCAGGGAGCGCAAAAAGUAUGUGAUUCCUCUCCCGCGAAGACAUCGUGUGCUGGAGCGCCAUGGUAACCGCGUGUGCGGAAGAUGCUAAGUGCCUGUUUGACCGGAUGCCUGAAUGGAAAACGGUGGCCUGCUCGGCCUUGAUCUCGGCCUACGGCCAACACUUCCAUCUCGAGGCAGCCAUGCAGACGCUCGACGCAAUAGCCUACCGUAAUGUGGGAUCCUGGAGCUCGCUGGCCGCAGCUUACGCCGAUAACGGGAGUCUCGAAAACUCAGCAAAGGUAUUUGCAAUGAUCCCCGACCCGGAUCCCGUGUCCUGGAGCUCCAUGAUCACAGCCUAUGCUCGAUCUGUAACCAAGCCACCAUACCACCCGACUGAUGCAGCUCCAGGGCUUCGCGCUGGACAGCAUCACAUUCCUGGGCAUUCUCAACGCUUGCAAGCAAAGGGGGCUGCUUACUCAUAGUGGCGGAGCACGACUAUGGAGCGGUCAUCGACGCCCUUGCCGGAUCGGGGCUCUUGGGCUGCGGCGAGGAGCUCGCCGCCAGCCUGCCGCUGGGAUUGGACGUUAAGAAGCACUGAGCAUCCCAGCUGCCGAGAAUUUGGUUUCACUUCCUCUUGAAGCCUAAGGUUCUUAGAGCUUUUCGACGUCUUUUUUGGAGGACAUAGCUGCAAGCAGCCGCUGUCGGGGGUCCAAGGUCUUUUGCAGGACAAAAGUUGGCCCCUGGCAUCAAUGAGAUAGUGAUAUACUGUCUAGUUGUGUACUUUUUUGCCUCUUGAGAUUCGAACAUUUCCAGAGGGAGAGAGAUAAGUUGUGUCGAGCCAUCCUUUGGCCUCGUCGCCCGGUAUGGAACUUUGAAUGGAAGGAACGAGAAAGAGAAUGCGGCCCGGUCGAAACGAAAGCUGAUCCUUUUAGAGCUAGUAACUGAGGCUUCGUCCUGGAAGAUUUCUCUAAAGUUAAAGAAACAAGCAAACUAUGUUUGCUUACCUCCACUUUGGCCUCGUCGCCCGGUAUGGAACUUUGAAUGGAAGGAACGACAAAGAGAAUGCGGCCCGGUCGAAACGAAAGCUGAUCCUUUUAGAGCUGAGGCUUCGUCCUGGAAGAUUUCUCCAAAGUUAAAGAAACAAGCAAACUAUGUUUGCUUAAUUUUCUCGGAAAACUUUACAAUGUUUGACACCCUCUGGUCGCUGCGAUCGCUGAGUUUGAUGUCCUGGAAAACUCCCACAAAAGUCCUCUACAAAAAAGUCAAGGCGGUGAAUAAAAUGAAUGAAUGUUUGUAGUAGAAGUUUUAACUUGAAUCGGGCAUGCAGUGCUGGGCC